CGGGGACCAUGGCCGCGCAGCCCGGUGCCGCACUGCCCGACGACUUAAGUGACCUGCUGAGGGAGUUCGAUGAGGUGAUUGAGGACUUUGACAGGGGCCCUGCGUGUCAGUAUGAACAGCAUUUGGAGGACCUGAAGAGGAAAGCAGGCCACAGCGUGUACGACAGCGGCAUCGAUGAGCUGGAGAGCACCAGCACCUCGCCACGAAGCAGUCUAAACUCCAGUGAGGAGGAUCUCAAUGCUCCUGCUACUACUUACCCCRCUAAAGCUAAGCUUGGAGACACCCAGGAGCUGGAAGAGUUCAUUGCAGAUCUGGACAAAGCGCUAGAGGAGAUGUGAGCUGUACCUUUGGCGGAGAGUUUGGAGAGUAUUCGCAGCUGGUGAUCCUAUAGCCUCCCUGAUGAACCUUCUGUUUCUGUGCCUCCUUCUUCCCACUGCCUGUGCAGGCAGCAGCACUUCCAUGCCACAUGGUCUUACUGUGCACCAGGGAAGAGCCUGCCCGGUGCCAACCACCACCUUCUGGCAUAGCCUCAAGCACAAAUGUGGACUGAUCAUCUCAACUGACCAGCCUUUUCCAAUCUGCUUUUUCAUUUGACUCYUUAACUGGCCCCAAGAGAGUGGGGAUGCUGUGUCUGAGUUCCUGAGUACCUCUUUGUGCCAGUCCUUUGGCAGUGUUGGACUUGGGUCUAUGGCAGCUUACUGUGAUCUGAGCUUGUCCCACCAUCAGCCAGAGAAUAUCACCUUCAAGGGGAAGAUGGUAUGUGUGGUGGUGGGAUUUCUUGCUAAGUUGAACCACAAGCGCUCUUUGGUAAACUGAGACCAAGCUGGAUGUCCUGCUUCACUGCUCCAGCUGACUUCUAGGAGCAAUGGGAGGUUGCGGGUGCUCCACAGCCACAAAGCAGCUCUGUGCUCAGCACUGUCAGGAGAUCUGCUGAUGUUUGCUGCCUGGUGACCACUGGCAAUGGUAUAGAUGGCUCUGCUGAAGCUCAUGUAAGCCUCUGCUUCCACGGGUAGAGCAGGACU